AUGAGGACCGUGCUCAUGGUUGCAGAAAAGCCAUCCUUGGCCCAGUCUAUUGCUAAAAUCCUCUCUCGAGGAAACAUGUCCUCACGCAAAGGGCUGAACGGAACAUGCUCAGUGCACGAGUACACAGGGACUUUCGCUGGCCAGCCCGUCCGCUUCAAGAUGACAUCUGUCUGUGGUCAUGUGAUGACCUUGGAUUUCCUGGGAAAGUACAACAAGUGGGACAAGGUGGACCCUGCAGAGCUGUUCAGCCAAGCCCCAACAGAGAAGAAGGAAGCUAACCCCAAGCUGAACAUGGUGAAGUUCCUGCAGGUGGAAGGCAAAGGCUGCGACUACAUCGUGCUGUGGCUGGACUGUGACAAGGAAGGGGAGAACAUCUGCUUUGAGGUACUGGAUGCCGUGCUGCCCAUCAUGAAUCCAACCCACGGUGGCGAAAAGACGGUGUUCCGGGCCAGAUUCAGCUCCAUCACGGACACGGACAUCUGCGCCGCCAUGGCCCGCCUGGGCGAGCCCGACCAUAACGAGGCGCUGUCGGUGGAUGCCCGGCAGGAGCUGGACCUGCGCAUCGGCUGCGCGUUCACCAGGUUUCAGACUAAAUACUUCCAGGGAAAAUAUGGCAAUCUAGACAGCUCCCUUAUCUCCUUUGGACCAUGUCAAACCCCUACCCUGGGCUUCUGUGUGGAGAGACACGAUAAAAUCCAGUCCUUCAAACCAGAGACCUACUGGGUGCUACAGGCCAAGGUUAAUGCCGAAAAAGACAGAUCUCUUCUUUUGGACUGGGACCGAGUGCGAGUGUUUGACCGGGAAAUCGCACAGAUGUUUUUAAACAUGACAAAGCUGGAGAAGGAAGCCCAGGUGGAGGCCACAAGCCGGAAAGAGAAGGCCAAGCAGAGGCCCCUUGCCCUGAACACUGUGGAGAUGCUGCGAGUAGCUAGCUCUUCUCUGGGCAUGGGGCCACAACAUGCCAUGCAGACUGCCGAGCGGCUCUACACGCAAGGCUACAUCAGCUACCCGCGGACUGAGACCACCCACUACCCUGAGAACUUUGACCUGAAGGGCCCUCUGCGGCAGCAGGCCAACCACCCCUACUGGGCCGACACGGUGAAGCGGUUGUUAACAGAAGGUAUCAACCACCCACGGAAAGGCCAUGAUGCUGGUGACCAUCCCCCCAUUACCCCCAUGAGGUCUGCCACAGAGGCUGAAUUAGGCAGUGAGGCGUGGCGGCUCUAUGAGUACAUCACCAGACAUUUCAUUGCCACAGUUAGCUACGACUGCAAGUACCUUCAGAGCACCAUUUCCUUCCGUAUUGGUCCUGAGCACUUCACCUGCACAGGGAAGACCGUCAUCUCUCCAGGCUUCACGGAGAUCAUGCCCUGGCAGAGUGUGCCUCUGGAGGAGAGCCUGCCCACCUGCCAGAGGGGCGACACUUUUGCUGUGAGUGAAAUAAAGAUGCUGGAGAAGCAGACGAACCCACCCGACUACCUGACAGAGGCCGAGCUCAUCACACUCAUGGAGAAGCACGGCAUUGGGACAGACGCCAGCAUCCCCGUGCACAUCAACAACAUCUGCCAGCGCAACUACGUCACUGUGGAGAGCGGGCGCCGACUCAAACCCACCAACCUUGGCAUCGUCCUGGUGCAUGGCUACUACAAGAUUGAUGCAGAGCUGGUACUCCCCACCAUCCGCAGUGCAGUCGAGAAGCAGCUGAACCUGAUCGCCCAGGGCAAAGCUGACUACCGCCAAGUUCUGGGCCACACCCUGGAUGUCUUCAAGAGGAAGUUCCACUACUUCGUGGACUCCAUCGCCGGCAUGGACGAACUGAUGGAGGUGUCUUUUUCACCCCUGGCGGCCACGGGCAAGCCCCUCUCCCGCUGUGGGAAGUGCCACCGGUUCAUGAAGUACAUUCAGGCCAAGCCCAGCCGCCUGCACUGCUCCCACUGCGACGAGACCUACACCCUCCCCCAGAAUGGCACCAUCAAGCUCUACAAGGAGCUCCGGUGCCCACUGGAUGACUUCGAGCUGGUCCUGUGGUCCUCAGGCUCUAGGGGCAAGAGCUACCCACUGUGCCCCUAUUGCGCCAAUCACCCGCCCUUCCGAGACAUGAAGAAAGGCAUGGGCUGCAAUGAGUGCACACACCCCACCUGCCAGCACUCGCUUAGCAUGCUGGGCAUCGGCCAGUGCGUGGAAUGCGAGAGCGGCGUGCUGGUGCUGGACCCCACCUCAGGCCCCAAGUGGAAGGUGGCCUGCAACAAGUGCAAUGUGGUGGCGCACUGCUUCGAGAAUGCCUACCGCGUGCGGGUGUCCGCCGACACCUGCAGCACCUGUGAGGCUGCCCUGCUGGCUGUGGACUUCAACAAGGCCAAGUCCCCGCUCCCAGGUGAUGAGACACAGCACACGGGCUGCGUCUUCUGCGACCCCAUCUUCCAAGAGCUAGUGGAGCUGAAGCACGCGGCCUCCUGCCACCCCAUGCACCGUGGCGGGCCAGGAAGGAGGCAGGGCCGGGGGCGGGCCCGGGGCCGUCGGCCCACAGUGAAGCCCAGUGCCAGGCGGCCAAAGGACAAGAUGUCAGCCCUGGCUGCCUACUUUGUAUGA